AUGAGUUGCUUUUCAUGUUUCUCAUCCCAUGAGAAGAAAGCAGCUAAGAGAAGAAAUAACGACCGGCCGAAAGCCAGACAGUUGCCUACAGCACCACCUCCUCAGAAAGAACCCUCCGCGGCGCCACAACUGCGGCCCGAGAAUCCAAAACCAAAGCCCCAACCAGAAGCUACCAACAACAAUUGGGAAUUGCAAAAAGAGGCAGGCAACAACAACAACAACAACAACAUUGCUGCUCAAACAUUUACUUUCAGAGAACUGGCCACCGCGACGAGGAAUUUCCGGCAUGAAUGUUUAAUUGGUGAAGGUGGAUUUGGGAGGGUUUACAAGGGGAGACUUGAAAAGACUGGCCAGAUUGUGGCUGUGAAGCAACUAGACAGGAAUGGAUUGCAAGGGAACAGAGAAUUUCUGGUAGAGGUGCUGAUGUUAAGUCUCUUGCACCAUCAGAAUCUAGUAAACCUUAUUGGAUAUUGUGCCGAUGGUGAUCAAAGAUUACUUGUAUAUGAAUUCAUGUCAUUGGGUUCUCUAGAAGACCAUCUACUUGAUGUUACACCAGAGCAGAAGUCACUGAACUGGUAUGCAAGAAUGAAAGUCGCAUUAGGCACCGCGAAAGGACUUGAAUACUUGCACGAUAAGGCCAGUCCUCCGGUCAUCUAUCGUGACUUGAAAUCGUCCAACAUCUUGUUAGAUGAAGAGUUCAAUGCCAAACUGUCUGAUUUUGGACUAGCCAAGCUUGGACCUGUUGGGGACAGAACACAUGUUUCUUCAAGAGUUAUGGGCACAUAUGGGUAUUGUGCCCCAGAGUAUCAAAGAACUGGCCAACUCACUGUUAAAUCAGAUGUUUAUAGUUUCGGAGUUGUUUUGUUGGAGUUAAUCACUGGACGAAGAGCCAUCGACACUACCAGACGAACCCAUGAGCAGAAUCUUGUUUCUUGGGCAGAACCAGUAUUUAAGGAUCCAAGCAGAUAUCCUGAACUGGCUGAUCCACUACUACAAGGUGAUUUCCCAAUUAGAGGCUUGAAUCAGGCAGUGGCAGUUGCAGCAAUGUGUCUCCACGAGGAAGCAUCGGUUAGACCAUUGAUCAGCGAUGUGGUUACCGCGCUCAGUUUUCUUGGAUCAGGUCCAGAAGCAACUGCUGCAAUUCUUCCUUGUGGAAUAACUGAGCAAAACAUCAAUGCAGCAGCAAACUCGGCUGCUCCAGAAGAAGACAGCGCAAAGGAACGACAAAGAGCUGUCGCGGAAGCCAUGGAAUGGGGUUCUCAUUCCAGGAUGGCGUCGCAGUGUGGGAGAGACAUUCUUUCUAUUAUCUUAAUUCAUUAUUUCUCAGUUGUGUCCAAGCAUUGUGUGAAGAAUUGUGAGUGGAAUGAGAGAUCUUUUGCGCGAUCUCGUGAUUCUAUUUACGUCACAAUCUUUGAUGUUUUCAAUUGCUUAUUUAGUUUUCCUUUUCUAUUUGAUUUCGUUGAUUUUAGAUUGCUUUGCUUCAAUUAUGACAUGCGUGUAUGGAUACUCCCCUUUCGAAUUGAUUUUCGAGGCUGGAAUAUAGUGAAACCCAAAGAUUAA